ACCAACGUUUGAAGGCGCAAAUGUUGUUGCCUUGCAUUGGGCAGAUUCCCCAGUUUCUCCUGCAACGUUCUUCAACAACACUGCUACGAAUCCGACCAAUCUGCUCCUCCACCAUCAAGAUGGCUGCAGAACACUACACUUUUGGCCCUUACAAGAUACACCAGAGUGAAGUCUUCUACUCCACCCCUCUCUCUUAUGCCAUGGUCAACCUGCGUCCUCUUCUCCCUGGUCAUGUGCUUAUCUGUCCGAAGCGUGAAGUUAAGCGUUUCGUUGAUCUCACUGCUGAGGAAACUUCUGAUUUAUGGCUCACUGCACAGAAAGUUGGCAGGCAGCUUGAGAGCUACCAUAAGGCUUCAUCACUUACUUUAGCUAUCCAAGAUGGGCCCCAAGCAGGACAGACAGUGCCUCAUGUUCACAUUCAUGUUGUCCCUCGGAGAGGAGGAGAUUUCGAGAACAACGAUGAGAUAUAUGAUGCAAUGGAUGAGAAGGAGAAGGAAUUGAAAGAAAAGCUUGACUUAGACAAGGAGAGGAAAGAUAGAACCCUCGGUGAGAUGGCUCAAGAGGCAGAUGACUACAGAAAACUUUUCUUAUGAAAUUUUAGCUAGUAGUAGAGAAUAGAGAUAGACUUCUUGCAGCUUGGUGUGAACUUCUGAUUUUCCCAGUUUAAUAUCAUUUUAGCCACUGAAAAAUUCAUUCUGUUACUUAUGUUGUGGUCCAUACAAGUCACACAAUUAUGUCUUCUGGAAAACUUGUUAUGAUUCUGGGUUUCAUGUUGCAUUGUACUGUAUGAAAGUUUCAAGGGAUGAUCCUGCUAGUGUUGGAGAAUUAUAAAAUCUAUUAAAUAUCACUAUCACCA